AUGGCUUCGCAAGGCACCUUUACGGAAGUCCAUCAAUUCACAAAGUCCUACAAGCAUAUGUGGGCUCGUGAUGUCGCCCAGGCGAGUAUGGAUUACGACCUCAAGGGUGUUAUCGAACGCUUGAGGGCGUCUCUUCCUGCUAAAAUCGGCGAGAAGGAUAGCAUAGGUUCACUGCGAGAAAAGACCAAGAAGUUCACCGGUCCAGGCUAUAUCCCUGAGGAGGAGGGUAAGAUUAGCGUGGGCAUUGUUGGCGCCGGUGUCGCUGGCUUGUUCGCUGCACUGCUCUUUGACUGGCUCAACGGUCAUGAAGAACUCAAGGGCAAAGGUCUGAAGAUCACCUACGACAUCCUUGAAGCUGCUGGUGCGGAAAGACUUGGUGGACGUCUAUACACCCAUCACUUCUCUGAUGAAGAGCACGACUACUACGAUGUCGGUGCUAUGCGCUUCCCCAACAACACUAUCAUGAAGAGAACAUUCCAGCUGUUCCAUUACAUCGGAAUAACCCAGGAAAGCAAGCCGGGCCUGAUCCCUUAUUACCUAAAGGACGAGCUUGAUGAAUGUCCUGCCUACAUCAACGACAUAACGACAAGAGGUAAUGUUUGGGACCCCAAGAAAAAAUCGAAUGAUCCGUAUAAGGUCAAUGAGGGCCUCCCUGCGAACGGCCAGAUCCCGCCUGAUCUUCUUAAGACCAACCCCAGCGAUCUAGUCAGCGCAGCCCUAAAGGUCUUCACAGACGUUGCCAAAGAGAAGUUUAAGGCGGCAAUUGCAGAGGAGAAAGAGGAGGAGAAGCAACCAUUCAAGAGUGCCGGCAAAGAUGAGAAACGUGGGGUGAGAGGGCCAGCAUCUCAAGAAUUAUGGGAUCUUCUCAUGAGGGCCGAUCAUAUGAGCGUUCGACAAUUCCUUGGCUCAGGCCAACAGAAAGAGGUUGGAAAAGGACCCAAGCUUCCAGUUGAUGACUUCCCCAAGGGCCCUGGAUACAACUACAACACUAUCGAGUAUCUUGAGACGAUGACUUACGGUACAGGUUGGUAUGACCAAUCCCUCACAGAAUGUGUCCUUGAAGAGCUCGAUUUCCACACCCCCGACAUGGACGACGACCCAGCUACUAAGAACAUUCAGUACUGGUGGUGCAUCGAUGGCGGCGCUCAAGAGAUCGCCAAGCGAAUGGCUAUGAAGAUCAAGAAGCGCAUUGAAUACAACACCAAGGUUCAAUCAAUCGAUGCUCAAGUUCCGCUUCGUCGGGAGCGCAAAGCCGGCAAGUAUACCGCAAUGAAGAUUAAAACCACUAGAACAGAUUCCAAGACCAAGAAGGUCGAGACUAAAGACAGGGAGUACUUUGCUAUCUUCAAUAGCACCACCCUCGGCGCCCUUCAGCGUAUGGAGCUUUCCGAUGCUGGUUUAUCCUGGGGUACUAAGCAGGCCAUCCGAGCUCUUGGGUAUGGUGCCUCUGCCAAAGUCGGCAUGAAAUUCCGCACUGCAUGGUGGCAAACGGAUCCAUUCAACAUUGCCAAGGGUGGUGUAUCCCGAACAGACUUGCCCCUCCGUGUCUGUGUUUACCCAUCGUACAACAUCGAAUCAAACGAGGGUGAGGACAAGUGGGAUCCUGAGAAGCCGGCUGUGCUUCUGUGCUCGUAUACUUGGGGUCAAGAUGCCCAGCGUAUUGGCUCCCUCUGUUCCAACAACACAACACAGGACGACGCAGAGCUCAAGCGGCUCAUCAUCCACGACCUUGCGCGGCUUCAUGCUCGAAGAGAACGUCCGUUUGAGGAAAUGGUUAAAUUUCUUGAAGUGCAAUACAUUGACCACCACGGCUACGACUGGUACAGAGACCAAAACAUGUCAGGAGCAUUCGCGUAUUUUGGCCCCGGGCAGUUCUCUAAUAUGUGGCAAGAAAUCAUCAAGCCUAAUGCACUGGGCCAACUGUAUCUUGUCGGAGAAGCAGCCUCAUCCCACCAUGCAUGGAUCGUGGGUGCACUGGAAAGCGUCAUCCGAGCGGUGUACGUCAUGUUCCAGGGUCUCCAGAACGGCAACGAGAAGUUUGAGGCAUACGAUAUCGUCCUGAAACUGCUCAGAACUGGGCCUGAUAAUGGCAAGAAUGUCAGCGAGCCUUUGAAGGACGGCGACAUGCCCACGGGCUUGCCUUUCCAUCCUCUACCGGAGGAGAUGCCUACAAGACAGUUCUACACGACUAAGGACAAGGAUUUGACUGCCAGCCCUGAGAAGGAGGCUAACGAGGAAGGUGUUGACAUGACCUACGGUGCUGCGUUGGCUGUUUUGAGCUUGAUUGAGAGUUUCUAUGAAUUGGGAGUGGAUAGGAAUGACACGUAUUAA